AUGAUGUCAAGUGACGGAGACUAUAUUACGCCAGAUGAAAUUAAGAAUGCAUUGGAGUUGUUGGACAAAGAUGAAAUUGCCUCAAAAAAACGUUUAACAGCUUUCUCAAGUCAAUGGCACACUGUUAUAAAUGAAGUUGACUCCGUUUCUAAACAGUUUAGUUCCUUAAACUCACUUAAAGAAAAUUUAUUUCAAAUCCAAACAAGAAUCAACGAUUCUUCUAAACUUGCUGAGGACAUAUCUUCUAAGGUUAGACAGCUAGACAAAAUACGUGGACGUGUAUCAGAAUGUCAAAAACGAGUUCAAGAUUUAUUGGACCUCCAAUUGUGUAGUGAGGGGGUUCAAAUUGCAAUGAAAAAUGACGAAUUGGAGCAAGCCGCCGCUCAUGUCCAUCGCUACCUAUCAAUCGAUCAAACUAAAUUGCAACGCACAGCGGACGAUAUGGCUCAAGAUUGUUCAAUGAUUACAAAUGCUCUUAAACACUUACAAGAUGCUACUGAGCUCCUUCAAAAUACCGUGUCAAAAAGGUUUGAACAAGCGUCUUUAACUCAGGAUUCCAAGUCAAUAGAAAGGUAUUUUAAAAUAUUUCCAUUACUUGGAAUGCAUGACAUAGGUUUGGAAAAAUUUGUAGAUUAUUUAGGGCGUGUAUUGCAAGUUUCAGCCGAUAAAAACUUAAAAAAUGUAAUGGAAACUUCGUUGUCGAGCAAUCGGGCCAGCAUAGUUUUUGCUGACGGGUUGACAUUUGUUUUUGAAGAAGUUGCUAAAACCAUCGAAGUCCAACAACCAUUAAUCGAAACCCACUACGGUCCUGAAUACAUUUUCAAGUUUUUGUCUCACUUGCAAAUGCAUUGCGACAAUUUCAGUAACGUUCUGUUACAAACAUUUCUCAAAACGCGUAAAAUAAAAGAACUAUUGAAAAAUUUAUGGGACGAAUCCGAUUUAAACAUCGACAAACCCGAUUCAAAAGACAUAGACUUGUUGAUCGAAGAAAUCGUGUUGAUAUUAGCGCGUUAUGAUCUAUAUUCCAAAUUUGUCUGUAAACGUAUAAAUGCCGAUUUGGAGUCGAAAACGUCCAGCGCCAAGUUAAUACUAAACAAUAGCAAAUUGUGCUGUUCGGUCCAAGAGCUGAUGGGUAAAUAUCUGGAAUUCGAGAGGUAUUACAUGGAAGAGAGUAUAAAAAAAGCCAUGAUGAUGGACACGAUCGAAGGGGACGACGACGCACUGACUUCGAGCAUGGUGGACGACGUGUUUUUCAUUAUUCGCAAGUGUGUCAUGCGUUCGCUGAGGUCUGGAAGUUUGGACGUACUGUGCGCUGUCAUUAACAACGCCGUUAACGCGUUGGAAACGGACAUGUGUACAUUUUUCGGUCAAAUCCUGAGUGCCGGGUACCCGGGGUCCGGUUAUUUCAACCGAUUCACCCCAGACCUGGAGAAGAUACGGCAAACGUUUUUGGCGUCGCUGAACAACACUGAGGUGGCCAUCGAGUACUCGAAAUCGCUGUCACAAACGUUCCGGGAGGAGAUACCGAUUAAGCUGUACGACUGCAACACGGACAAACUGGAUAGUUGUCUGCAGGACUUUUCCCGGGUGAACGCGUCGCUGGUGACUUCCAACCGGAACGGUUUCAGGCAACUGCAGUGUUCACUGGUGGAGCCCAAACUGCUGGCGUGGAUGGAGCCGUUUUACGAGCAAAAUUACAAAAUGAACGAGUCUGAGUUCACGCAGACGGAGGCGGAUAACCCGUUCGUGCAAACGCUGAUAUUGAACGUGGACGGAUUGCUGAGAGAGUUCAAGGCAAAGCUGACUUCCAACAACUACGACGUGCUGGUGGUGGCCCUGGCCGCGGAAUCGUCCGUGCAACUGGAAAAGGCUGUGAUGAAGACCGAGUUCAACCGGCUGGGAAGCAUGGCCCUGGACAAAGUGGUCAGGACGCUUAUUAAUUAUUUCAGCGGCGCCAGUGCUUGGCCGAUCAGAGAGAAAUUUGCCCGUCUAGUGCAGAUCACGACGGUUUUGAAUUUGGAACGCGUGUCUGACCUGAACGAGUUUUUGAGUCCCGACAGCGGGAUGCGUUUCUCGUGGAAAUUGACUCCCGACAGCAUAAAACAGAUAUUAAAACUACGGUCCGACUUCAGAGAAGACGAAAUAAGAAAAAUUAAAUUGUAA